AUGCCGACGGUGUUCCAGGAUCGUGCAGCCAUCUCACUGUACGAUGCGCAAUUCUCCAACUCAGACGUGCGGGGUCCUAUACCUCAAGACACGAUGAUUCAAGUCGUGGAUCAACUGGCACAGUUCCAGGCUACUUGCGAAGACUUUGGUGUGCUGGCAGACAACAUCCACGUCCUAGCGACAGAAGCAACCCGAACGGCUCCGAACUCGCAGCAAUUCAGAGCCCUGAUCAAGGAGCGUACCGGGUGGGACGUCCGCCUUCUGUCCAAGGAGGACGAGGGAAGGAUUGGGGCCUUGGGAAUCGCUAGUAGUUCAAAAUCCGUCGCGGGCCUCGCGAUGGAUCUAGGCGGUGGUAGCACGCAGAUUACGUGGGUGGUUGAGAAGGAUGGAAUCGUCUCGACCAGUCCCAAGGGGUCCUUCAGUUUUCCCUACGGCGCGGCAGCAUUGACGAAGCGCUUGGAGCAGGCUAAGCAAGAGGGCAAAAAGGCAGAGAAGGCACUGGAAGAAGAAAUGAUCGGAAACUUCCAGGACGCCUUCAAGAACCUUGAGGUACCCCAAUUCACAAAGGAUCCCAACGAACCAUCGAAUCUUUACCUCUGCGGCGGAGGGUUUCGCGGCUGGGGCUACGUUCUCAUGGCUCAGUCCCAAAUUAACCCGUAUCCACUGCCUAUAAUCAAUGGGUUCCGGGCCAGCAGGGAAUCCUUCCACGAUACGGCCUCCGUCCUGGAUGUGGUCUCAGAUUCCGACGACAAGAUCUUCGGCGUGUCCAAGCGCCGAGCGUCCCAGAUCCCGGCAGUGGCUUUCCUGGUCAACGUGAUCAUGGAUGCAUUGCCGCAUAUCACGCACAUCCAGUUCUGCCAGGGAGGUGUGCGCGAGGGAUUCCUGUUCGACACGCUGCCAGAGGAAGUUUGUGCACAGGACCCCGUCGUGGUUGCAACCCGGCCUUAUGCACCUCCCUCAGCAGACGCGAUCAGACAGCUCCUGUCAUCAGCCCUGCCGACUUCAGCAUCGUUGUUGGACUCUCUACGACCCCCCGAUUCCUUCUUCUCCGGUGUCUUGAUGACCCUCGCGAAUCUACUGUAUAUUCAUUCCCGAGUGCCGCGGGAAUCGCGUUCAGCCGCUGCACUACACAGUACCUCGACGGGUCUCCUAGCCUCGGUGAACACGAUUUCUCACGUUGAACGAGCACUGGUUGCGCUGAUUCUCUGCGAGCGCUGGGCAGGGGACUUGGCACCUGUUGAUGAACUCUACCGACGCCAGCUAACUGAAUGCAUCUCGAAGAAAGAGGCAUGGUGGUGUCGGUAUCUGGGGCGAGUAGCCACCCUCAUCGGAGACGUCUACCCCGCGGGUCGUGUACCGGCAUCCAAAGGAAGGAUUCAGUUGGAAACAGAAUGGGACACCGUCACUAAGAAAAAAGAGAAACGGGACCUGCUGCGUCUGCGAGUGAAAUGCAACGUCAACGGUCCUCUGAAGAACGAAGUCCUGCCCGAGAAAGCGGAGAAGAUUGAAAAGGUCGGGAAGAAGAAGAAUCAAACCAAGGGAUAUGGCGUGAAAGUGGAAGUUCGCGUGUCCUAG